AAUCUAAUCCAAAUCGGUUUCCUCGCUAUAUUUCUGUCCGCGUGACAUUGUACUCAACAUAUUUUCAAAGGACGCCUCUCAAUUCACUGUCAUCAAUUUCGAGGAGGAGGAGGAGGAGACAAGGCUACGGUUUUCUCGACGACUCGUUCUACAGCUUCUGCCCAAACGCGAUCGAAGAGGAGCGGUUUCAGGAUUGUUUCCAAGGACAAGUGAUGGGUGACCACCUGAUUUUGUGUGUUGACCGCCUUGUUACGUCAGAUUCCUUGCAAUCACUGCAAGGGACUGGAUCAUCUGAAAAGGUUUCCUGCUCUGAGUGCCCUCAAGCGGCUGAUCCAUCCGCGUCCAUUGAUAUAAAGGAUGUGGAGGACCGUGAUGGAUCUGAUGAAGAAGAACCACUUAUUCAGAUGGCUGAGUGCCGCAUUUGCCAGGAGGAAGAUAGCAUCCAGAAUCUGGAGAAACCAUGUGCUUGUAGUGGCAGUCUGAAGUUUGCUCAUAGGAAAUGCGUGCAGCACUGGUGCAAUGAGAAAGGAGAUAUAAUUUGUGAGAUUUGUCACCAGACUUAUCAACCUGGUUACACUGCUCCACCUCCUGUUCCUUGCUCUGAAGAUGCUACGAUUGAUAUCAGUGGAGCUUGGACUCUCUCUGGUGCUCCUUUGGACAGGAAUGAUCCUCGGCUUUUGGCUAUGGCAGCAGCAGAAAGACAUCUUCUUGAGGCUGAAUACGAUGAGUAUGCUGAUACAAAUGCAAGUGGAGCUGCGUUUUGUCGUUCUGCUGCUUUGAUUUUAAUGGCUCUUCUACUCUUGAGGCAUGCUCUAAGCAUUGGCAGUGGUGAUAAUGAGGAUGAUGCUUCAACCUUUUUCUCUCUUUUCUUGCUCCGAGCUGCUGGUUUUCUUCUUCCAUGCUACAUUAUGGCCUGGGCUAUUAGUGUCUUGCAACGUAGAAGGCAAAGACAGGAGGCGGCAGCAGCACUUGCAGCAACUGAAGUUGCCUUCAUGAUACACGCAGGACAACGCCGGAAUUUGCAAUUCAUGAUAGCCCCAGGACCACUGGUGACGUCAGGACCUGUGGUGGCGACACCCAAUCAAGAGCGAGUUCAAUAAUGAUAUCGGUUUUCCUGAGCAAAGAUGUAGAGCUGCUACAGCUGGGAAAAUGAAUGUGCCAUGAGACUGAAUGAAUGUGUUAUCAGCAGUUUAAAAUGCUCGAGUCUCUUGUAUCUUUCUGUUGGCUUUAUUUCAAAAAGAAUCUUCUUGCAGCUCCCCCACUCCGCCAUCUUAUUGUCAUGCUACAAUCAUAGAGCAUUUGCUGCUGCUUGGAAAUUUAUGUUACCAUUUGAAUGUUAUUAUGGCUUUGAAGAUAUUACUGAAUUCGAUCCGUUAUUCUGGUCAUAUUACGUCU